UAUAUAAAAUGUUAUAUGCAUAAUAGCGUGUUAACACGUUGAACGCCCAUGUAUGGAUGACGGAGCUUUUCACUAAGGAACAAUUAAUUUUAAGAAUUACGUGUUAAUGAAAACAAAUCUAGAUAUAAUAGAAUACAAAAAUUAAUACAACGAAUGUUGGGCUCCAUAGUUUGUAUUCGUCUCGAAGCAAAAUUUUAGUCCUGCAGACCUUUCCGCGCGAGUCGGUCUGACAGUCAACGCGUUAACUCGAAAAGGGCAGAACGUAGCGCGAUUCGAAGCACGAACGACGGCUGAACGCCGCUCGUCUUGAUCGACGAUCGAGAUCGAUCACGGAUCGGCUACCGUGCACGGAAUGCGAUGGGUUCGGUGCGAAAAAAAUCGAAUAAAAGGGUAAAAUGUCAACGUGACUCGGUUCUACCUACGAAAGAGCAAACGCAUCCUAUUAGCGGUUCAGAGAUCGCAUUGUUCGCCGAUGUGCCCUUAAACGAGCGAAAUCUCAUCCAUCGUAACGACGUUGGCCUUUGAAUCGCGUGCCAAACGGAUGGCGAUAAAUCCAACCGUCCCCACGGUCGAGAGAAGAAAAUAAUCGCGAACGGAUACGUAUGAGAACUCGUACGCUCGCGCUUGCGGUCAUGAGCAAUUCAUCGAAUACGUCCAACACGCGACAUCCACUGAGAUACGCAACGAUAAGACCCACUCGCGUCCCAGGAUGGUGCGCUACGCGUUCCGUGGGACUUCUAUUAUAUCCAAUUAUAUCUUGCCGUGCGAUCGGACAGAAUCAAGUUCGUAGACACCGACCCCCUCUUGUCGUGUUGACACGGCGAUCGUGAAAAACUGACAGAAAUGUUAAUUCGUUGCGUCGAGUGGCCUGUUACGGCUGGUGUUCAGGCCACGUCGAUGUCUACAUUAUCUUUCAGCGUCUCGAUCGUUUUAUUACAGUCGGUAGAGACACGAGGUUCUUUCUGAAAACAGAGACAUACGAUGUAGUCGAUUCAUCUCGUAAUUGUUCGCUAAGCGUAAGAAUUCUGAGAGGAAACGAAGAUUAACUACUCUCGGUACCGUAAUCCUCUUCAAUCUCGUUUCUGAAAAUUCUGAGGAUCCUUCUCGAAAUUUCUAAAGGUUACUUGGAACGAUAUCUAGGAUUGCAAACUCUCAUGCAGUAAGUACUAACAAAUUAAUAAACUUGUAAAUCUCGAAGAACUUCUGAUUGUCGAAGACGUCCAUUAAUGUCUCUCAAUUGUUCUAGACUGGAGGUGCUUAGCCUUUGCGCGACGGUGAUCGCCGAGAGAGGAUCAUCUGAAAGAAAAAAAAAUAUAUGAGUUACGGGAGCGUUCGCGAUGUCGUCCCGAUCCCUUGCGAUCCUGAGUAUCUAUGACACCAGAGGGAGGGGAAAAAACAAUCGUCGUUGCAGGUAGCGGACGGUAUAUAAAAGCUCGACGAGCGAACGAGCGCAGAUGUUGGUUAGCGACUUCUGAAAUCCAUCGGUUGCGUCGCGAGUCGUACAGUCGCGUGUGCCACGAGGGAUGCCAUUUCGAGUGCCGUCAGCGUGACCUUACCUCUGGCGACGAUGAUCUCUCGCAGAAUUGUGCCUCGAUCGCUGAUCCUCUGGCUGCUGGUACUUUCCGUGUGCUGUUGCAUCGGUGAGAAAUUGUCUCCGGAUCAGAAGGCGCCUCUGUUCGCUCGUGGCUCGGGGGGGUUGAUCCUGAACACGCCGUUCGAGGACAACAAAGCCAGGAAAAGUCCAGUGGCGAGCGCAAACGUUAACGUGAACGCGAACGCGGAGGACGGAGUGCAGAGAGAGGAAACAGAGAUGCUGAAAGAAGUGGACGGUGAACUGGUGCGAACUGUGAAGGGAAGCUUCUCUUACAACAGCCCCGAGGGUCUUCCGAUUUCCGUAAAGUAUGAGGCCGACGAGAACGGGAACAGAGCCAGUUUCAAGUUUGGCACUGGCGGAGGGACUGGUUCGGGGACUUCGGGUCGUCCCUCGGGCCCGAAAGGAGGAAACGCCGGUAAUCGCGGAGGUCAAACCGGUCAAGGACCUAAAAAAGGAUCGAAGAGCGACUCGUAUCUGCCGCCGAAGGAUGUCGACAGAAGCUAUCUUCCGCCGCAAUAGGAUUGUCUAUUCCAUUCAAGCGAGUUCUCGAUUAUCAGUCGUUUUGGAGAAUCGUACUCGCUGAACUCGUACCGAACUUCUCCAUCGACUGGCGGCCGACAUUGUAAACCUUUCUCUCCGUCACUCCCGCACGCCUGCCAAAGCUUUCGAAGCGCUUCGACGAUUCGCUCGAAAGUAAUUUUACUCGUGAAUUAAUUCGUUAGUAAACGCCUCGACGCAAUGACUUUUAUAACAUAAGAAAUAAAAUAUAUUUUUUCACAGA